GGUAUCACAUUCCCAACCCAGACGUCAUCUUCAGAAUGCUAAAAGAAAAGGAGCCACGGGUGGAGGAGGCUGAACUCUCACAUCAGAGGUGUCAAGGGGCUGCCUUAAGAAUUUUCCAUUGGUGAAUACUCAGGAAUGGGAUUGCCUGGUCCUGGAGAUAAGUAUAUGUGACUAAAUCAACCAUAUUGCUCUUCUGAUGGGCUGAUGGGCUGCACCAGUUCACACUCCCAUGUGCAGUGCACAAGGAUUUGCAUUUGCACAUAUUGCUUGCUAACACUUGGCAUUAACAAAAUUGGUGAAUUUAUAGCCCUACUGAUGGGUGAAAGGGCUGUUUCAUUUUUUUUUGUUUUUGGUUUUGGUUUUUUUGAGACAGAGUCUCACUCUGUCACCUAGGCUGGGGUGCAGUGGCACGAUCUUGGCUCACUGCAACCUCUGCCUCCUGGGUUCAAGUGAUUAUCCUGCUUCAGCCUCCCAAGUAGCUGGGACUACAGGCACCUACCACCAUACUAGGCUAAUUUUUUGUAUUUUUAAUAGAGACAGGGUUUCACCAUGUUAGCCAGGAUGGUCUCGAUCUCCUGACCUUGUGAUCUGCCCACCUCGGCCUCCCAAAGUGCUGGAAUUAUAGGCGUGAGCCACCACGCCUGGACUGUUUCAUUGUUUAAGUGUUAAUUUUUCUAAUAACUGAAUGGUGAGAGCCUCUCAUCUGUUAUCUGAUUGGCUUUUUCAUUUGUUUGUUGCAUUUUCUUACCACUUAUCUCUUUGUGUCCAUGGAGUUUUCUGCCUUUUUUUUUCCUAUUUUUUUGCCCCUAAUUUUAUUUUCUUUUCUUUGCUGGAUCUGCUGUCUUCUUUUCCCCCCAGUUGUGGCACCUCUAGCUUGGGGCCCUGUUCUUCCAUAUGGGCAUCUUUUCUUUUUUUUUUGAGACAGAGUUUCGCUCUUGUUGCCCAGGCUGGAGUGCAAUGGUAUGAUCUUGGCUCACCGCAACCUCCGCCUCCCGGGUUUGAGCGAUUCUCCUGCCUCAGCUUCCCAAGUAGCUGGGAUUACAGGCAUGCACCACCAUGCCCGGCUAAUUUUGUAUUUCUAGUAGAGACGGGGUUUCUCCUUGUUGGUCAGGCUGAUCUCAAACUCCCGACCUCAGGUGUUCCGCCUGCCUUGGCCUCCCAAAGUGCUGAGAUUACAGGCGUGAGCCACCGUGCCCGGCUAUGGGCAUCUUUUCAUACAGGAAUUGACUUAAAGGACCCAUCCAUUCUGAACUCUUAGUCCUCAUAUUUUUAUUCUAAUGAUUUAUAUAUCAAUACCUCUAGUCCCUGUGCUUAAACUGUGUUCUGCUACCUUACUUAGCUCCAUGGAGGACAGUUCCCAUGAGAUAACUCACUUCCUUAAUUUUGGGAGAUCAGAAAUUGGAAUUAUCAUCACCCAAAUAAGGAAUUCUCACCUGAUAAAUUUUGUCAGAUUUUUCUGUUUCUGGGCUCAGAAACACAGUCCUCUAAUUUAAUUUAUUACUUUGGAAUUCUUACCAGUUUUUCUUUUUUUAAUUAAGAAAAAGGUGACCCUUUUUCUUAAUCUCAGUGGUAUUACAACAAACUAGAUCCCCAUUUUCUCAUAUUUAGACAAUUUUGUUCCUAGUGAGAUAUGUUGAUUUCAGUUUUUUGAGUUUAGUCAAGAUACUGACAGAUUUUAUGACCCCAAACAUGGCUAUUUUGUUUCUUUUUUCCUCAGCAGAUAUGAUAAAAACAGGCAGUUAUUUCCUACUAUGUAGGAUUAACAAAUUCUUUUCAGUGACAUUGUCCUCAUGGCCACAUAUUUCCAAUCUAAAAAUAUACCUGAAUAGUUUUCAUCACUCAUGCUCUGCUCCAUUGUUUUUGUAUGUUGUUUAAUGUCUUACUCCAUAGAAUGAUUCACUUUGCAUACAGUCUGCUGAUUACUUUGUACUUUCUUAAUCUUCAUUAUAUCAAUGUUUAGCAUGAGGAAACCAUUGUAUUUAAGAUAUAGGAUUAGGAUUUUUGUAUUUAGGAUACAGAAAUUACUGAUUUUCUGAAAAUGGGCAGAAAAGAAUAUUUCACACUAUUUUAAAAGGAUGCUUUAAAUAUUUGCUGAGAUAAAUUCAAAAGAACAGAGAUUGUAUUUAGAUGGAGAGGACAAUGGCAUUAAAUGUUAAAAGUAUUAGCCUUUGUGCAUCAGUCAUGUCUGUUUCAUGGAAGGCUACUCAAAAAGUAAGUGUAUCAACAUGGGAAGCAUGGAUAGCAAAUGCUUGUGAAGUUCAGAAAAAAUGAUGUCAGCCUAGAGGUGGAGUGACAUUGGGAAUUAAUUUUAAGGGCACAGUACCUAUAACUGGUUCAAGAAGCCGUUUUGAAGUGAAACAAAGAAGCAGAUGAAGCAAGCUUAAUGGCAAUAGAGGACAUGAGAGUGUGCUUGGAUUUGAGAAUAAAUUGGACUUCUUUUUUGCAAUCGGCAUUGUUAGGCUGUGUUGCAGAGUUGUGGAAAAGCUUUUCAGUACAGUUCUGAUAGUUUACAUUGAACAUUUUGGGCAGUAAUUUAAGUGUUACCAGGUUCAGCAAGAUUUUUAUGACCUGAAUAAAGUGAGAAGUUAAAAAUGUUUCAAAUCUCUGCCUGGGGACACAGUGGAAGAUUGCCAGAAUAAAUGACCACUCAUAUAUGGGGAAAAUUGCUAUUUAAGAGUGAAAAAUGAAAUAGAAAACAACUGUUUUAAUAAGUGGGAAAAGGAUGUGAAUAGACAUGUCUUCAAAGAUGAUAUACAAGUGGCCAAUAAUAGGAAAAAAUGCUCAACUUCACUAAUUAUGUGGGAAAUGCAAAUCAAAACCACUGGGUGAUAUCCCUUUACAUCCAUUAGAAUGGCUAUGAUUAAAAAAACAGAAUAACAAGUGUUGGCAAGGAUAUAGAGAAACUGGAAUCCUUGCAUAUUACUAGUGGGAAUGUAAAAUGGUGUAGUCCUAUGGAAAACAGGAUGGUGAUUUCUCAAAAAUUAAACAUAAAAUUACCAUAUGAUCCAGCAACUCCACUUCUGGGUAGAUACCCACAAGAAUUGAAAGCAAGGACCCAAACAGCUGUUUGUACACUCUUGUUCAUAGCAGCACUAUUCACAAUAUCCAAAAAGUGGAAUUGUCCAUUGACCAAUGAAUUGGUAAACAAAAUGUGGUCUAUACAUACAAUGAAAUAUUAUUCAGCCUUAAAAAGGAAGAGGAAUUAUGAAACAUGUUGCAGUGCGGAUGAAUCUUAUCAUGAUGCUAAGUGAAUAAGCCAGACACAAAAAAUCCAAAUGUAUCAUUCUACCUAUAUGAGGUGCUUUAAGUGGUCAAUUCAUAGAGACGGAAUAAGAUUGCGGCUGCCAGAGGAUGAGGGACAGGGGGAAAAGGGAACUUGUUUCAUGGAUACAGCAUUUCAGUUUUGCAAGAUGUAGAAGUUUUGGAGAUCCAUUGCACAACAGGGUGAAUACAGGUAGCACUACUGAACCGUACAAUACAAAAUGGGUAAGAUGGUAAAUUUAAUAUUAUGCACUUUUGCUACGAUAAGAAAAAGUUAACAAUAAAGAUUAAAAGUGUCCUUUUUUAAAAAAAAGAAUGAAAGAUGAUUGAGUUUUUUUGACAGGACAAGAGUCUGGGAUACAGUUUAAGUGACUGAAAGCGAAAAGAAACUACAUGUGAUGGUCAUACUCAGUAUUAAAAUCUGGUAGAAAAAGUAAUAGUAAAAUUUAGUAACUAUUAUUUUUAUUGAGAACCUGCUGUGUUUUGUGCACUAUACUAGUAAAGUGCACAAGAUGAUGAGGGACUCUUAUUCUUGGCAAAAAAAACAAAACAAAAAACUAAACUAAAAAAGGUAUAUUUGAUAGCAUAAAGCCAAAAGUUCUAACAAAGAACAAUUAAUUUCAAUGGAACAAGGGUGAAACAAAUUCUGGGGAACAGCUUGCUUGUCCAGUCUUUUAGAAUAUAUUUCUGGGGAUAUGGGUAUAUUCCUAAGUUCAAGAAAAAAAAAUUGUAGCUUCAUGGAGAGUUGAGGCAUAGUCAUUCUUUCACUGGUUGGCCAUGUCAAGAUAGGUGAAGCUUUAAUAGUUUUCAGAAGGAUAUACAGGGCUGAUGGACUUGGCAUUGUUUCUAACAAGUAAGAUAAAGCAGGCAGAUUGGUGAGGAUUCAUCUCUGAAAGUUAAUGAAGACCUACACACUGAGCCCCCUCCUUCAAGCCUUGGCUGCCCACAGAUGUUGCCCUGCAACACUCUUGUCUGUUUUAUCCCCUACUCAUCCUACUAGAUCUGGGUGUCUAGACCACUUGCAUAAGUGUCCUCAGGUUGUUGAAAUCUAAUCCCCACAGAUUAGCAAAGUGAUCUUGGCCAAUUACAUAACCAUUAUGUGCUUCCUUUUCUUUGUAAAACAGGAACACCCAUCAUCGCUACCUCCUGAGGUUAUUAUGCAGAUUAAAUGAGUAUGUGUGCACCAUGUAGGCCACUGCCUGGCACAUGCUAAGUGCUAUGUAGAUAAGUGCUCAUCAUAUAAUAAGGGCUCUGUGUUUCUGCUCAUUGUCAGCAUCAUUAGCACCAUUAUUACAUGACUCAGCAGUUUCCUUGUGUUCAAUGUCAAUCAGCUUCAUUCAGUUUCUCCUCUUUCCUGUUCAUUGUGUCUAUUUCAUCUUCUCUUUCUCCUUUUAGAAGGGGAGUUUGGGCUUGAAAUCCCACAAAAGGAGAUUUCUAAGAAAGCUUCAUUUCAAAAGGAUAUGGUAGGUGAGUUCACAAGAGAUGGUUCAUGGUGUUCCAUUUUAGAAGAACUGAGGCUGGAUGCUGACCACACAAAGAAAGAUGAGCAAAAUCAAAUUCAACCCAUGAGUCACAGUGCUUUCUUCAACAAGAAAACAUUGAACACAGAAAGCAAUUGUAAAUAUAAGGACCCUGGGAAAAUGAUUCACACGAGGCCCCACCUUGCUUCUUCACAGAAACAACCUCAGAAAUGUUGCUUAUUUACAAAAAGUUUGAAGCUGAACCUAGAAGUGAAUGGUCAGAAUGAAAGCAAUGACACAGAACAGCUUGAUGACAUUGUUGGGUCUGGUCAGCUAUUCAGCCAUAGCUCUUCCGAUGCCUGCAGCAAGAAUAUUCAUACAGGAGAGACAUUUUGCAAAGGUAAUCAGUGUAGAAAAGUCUGUGGCCAUAAACAGUCACUCAUGCAACAUCAAAUUCAUACUCAGCAGAAACCAGAUGGAUGUUCUGAAUGUGGGGGGAACUUCACCCAGAAGUCACACCUCUUUGCCCAACAGAGAAUUCAUAGUGUAGGAAACCUCCAUGAAUACGGCAAAUGUGGAAAAGCCUUCACGCCACAACUAAAACUCAGUGUAUAUCUGACAGAUCAUACAGGUGAUAUACCCUGUAUAUGCAAGGAAUGUGGGAAGGUCUUUAUUCAGAGAUCAGAAUUGGUUACGCACCAGAAAACACACACUAGAAAGAAGCCCUAUAAAUGCCAUGACUGUGGAAAAGCCUUUUUCCAGAUGUUAUCUCUCUUCAGACAUCAGAGAACUCACAGUAGAGAAAAACUCUAUGAAUGCAGUGAAUGUGGCAAAGGCUUCUCCCAAAACUCAACCCUCAUUAUACAUCAGAAAAUUCAUACUGGUGAGAGACAGUAUGCAUGCAGUGAAUGUGGGAAAGCCUUUACCCAGAAGUCAACACUCAGCUUGCACCAGAGAAUCCACUCAGGGCAGAAGUCCUAUGUGUGUAUCGAAUGCGGGCAGGCCUUCAUCCAGAAGGCACACCUGAUUGUCCAUCAAAGAAGCCACACAGGAGAAAAACCUUAUCAGUGCCACAACUGUGGGAAGUCCUUCAUUUCCAAGUCACAGCUUGAUAUACAUCAUCGAAUUCAUACAGGGGAGAAACCUUAUGAAUGCAGUGACUGUGGAAAAACCUUCACCCAAAAGUCACACCUGAAUAUACACCAGAAAAUUCAUACCGGAGAAAGACACCAUGUAUGCAGUGAAUGUGGGAAAGCCUUCAACCAGAAGUCAAUACUCAGCAUGCAUCAGAGAAUUCACACCGGAGAGAAGCCUUACAAAUGCAGUGAAUGUGGGAAAGCCUUCACUUCUAAGUCUCAAUUCAAAGAGCAUCAGCGAAUUCACACGGGUGAGAAACCCUAUGUGUGCACUGAAUGUGGGAAGGCCUUCAACGGCAGGUCAAAUUUCCAUAAACAUCAAAUAACUCACACUAGAGAGAGGCCUUUCGUCUGUUACAAAUGUGGGAAGGCUUUUGUCCAGAAAUCAGAGUUGAUUACCCAUCAAAGAACUCACAUGGGAGAGAAACCCUAUGAAUGCCUUGACUGUGGGAAAUCAUUCAGUAAGAAACCACAACUCAAGGUGCAUCAGCGAAUUCACACGGGAGAAAGACCUUAUGUGUGUUCUGAAUGUGGAAAGGCCUUCAACAACAGGUCAAACUUCAAUAAACACCAAACAACUCAUACCAGAGACAAAUCUUACAAAUGCAGUUAUUCUGUGAAAGGGUUUACCAAGCAAUGAAUUCCUAGUGCAUCAGCAUAUUCCUAAAUGAAAUAUACUCUGAGUUUCUUGAAGAAGAGAAAAUCUUCUCAGAAUCAGGUCUAAUUAUAUGUUAUUGAAUUCAUGCUUCAGAAAAACUCUAGGGAUGCACUGCAUGUGUGAACACAUGACAAAAAAGUCAUGCUUUAUUUUAGUGAGGGCAAUUACAGAGAAAAGAGUAAGCAGAAAUGUCCUUCUUAGUACUGGCCUCAUUAAGGAUUAUAAAUUUUCUCCCCGGGAAGAAACUCUGACUAAUGCAUUGAGAAAAGCCUUUCUGUAAAGAAUGGUACUAGACAGGUUGUUAUCUGAUUAUUUAUAGUAAAAUGUGUGGGAAAUUAUAUCAAUGAUAACCCUGUUUAUUGUGGGAUAUCAAUAUUUCUAAAGUGCCAACACAGUCAUGAUAGGACAAUAUUUUAUGUGUGUGUGCCUUAUGUAUAUAAGCAUAUAUAUAAUAUAUAAGCAUAUUAUGAUAUAUAGGUUGAGUAUCCCCUCUCCAAAAUGCCUGGGAUCAGAAGCGUUUUGGAUUUCAGAUACUUACAGAUUUUGGAAUAUUUGCAUUAUAUUUAUUGGUUGAGCAUCCCUAAUCUGAAAAUCCAAGAUUAAAUGCUCCAAUUAGCAUUUCCUUUGAGCGUCAUGUUAGAGUUCAAAAAGUUUCAGAUUUGGGGUUUUCAGAUUAGGAAUACCCAACCUGUAUGUACGUAUAUUUCUGUAUCUACGUAUGUAUAUAUAUGCAUAUGCAGACAUAUGUAUAUGGUCUGGUCAGCAUAUGUGUAUGUAUGCGUAUGUAUGUAUGUAUGCCCUCAGUGCAGUGGGGUUUGCUACAGAAUUCACUGCAUAGCAGGAGAUGUAAGUAGAUUAGUUAUUUUUUAAGAGAAUCUAAUCUAAUUGUUUUUAUAAAAAUUAUUCCCUAUUGAAUAUUUAUAUAAUGAGGUUGUAUCAACAAUGAUUAACUCCUUUAUUAUACAUACACAUGAAUGUACAUUUUUGGUAAAUGCAUAAAUGAGAUUCUAUAAUGUUUACUGAUCUUUAUAUUACAGCUUUUCUCUUCUUUUAGGAUUAGCUCAGCUUGCCCCUCCCUUUCCAUCUCCACCAUCUAUAGUGAGCCUCUCCAUAAUCAGUGCCAACCAUUAGUCUCGUUCAUAUUUUUACACAGGCCCCUAAACAUACACACCAGGAUUCAACAAACUGUGGCCAUUGGCCAAAUAUGGCCUCCCAACUGUUUUUUUUAAAUAAAGUUUUACUGGAACACAGCCAUGUUCAUUUGGA